GCCUCAUGACUCACCAAGAUGGGCCAAGCAAGAGCUGUUAGCUGCAAAAUGCCCCUAGGCCAUGGGACAGAGCUGUCCCACCCCUCCUGGACCAGCAUAAAAGCCAACCCAGAGCCUCUCUCCCUCACACACUUCUCCUGACAACUUCUCAGCCUACAGACAACCAGGCACCCUCCACACCACACCCAUGGCCUUCAACCAUCUCUGCCGUCCCUGCGGACCCACCCCGCUGGCCAACAGCUUCAACGAGCCCUGUGCCCUGCAAUGCCAGGAUUCCCACGUCAUCAUCAACCCUUCCCCUGUGCUGGUCACCCUGCCAGGACCCAUCAUGACCUCCUUCCCCCAGAACACCGCCGUUGGAUCCACCUCCUCCGCUGCUCUGGGCACUGAACUCAGUGUGCAGGGACAGCCCAUCUCUGGUAAAUUUGGUCACUUUGGUGGCUUUGGCUACCACCAUGGCUAUGCCCAUCAAUUUGGCAAUGGCUGUGGAUUCGGCUACGGGCAGGGCUAUGGUUACGGACUGCGCGAUGGCUAUGGCAGAAGGGGCUAUGGCUACAACUUCUAAGAGACCUCGGCACCACUCCUCACACCACCAGCACUGGGAUCUGAAACAGCUCCUACAAGCAAAGCACCUCAGCUGCUCUGCGUCCUUCUUGCACCUCACACCGGAUCCCAUUUUCUCUUUUCUCCUAUCUCUUCAUUCUUGGCAUCAAUAAAGUUUUCCUGCAUCAAA